CCUCCCCAGUCACCGACACGCCAUGAUGUCCGCGCUUUCGCAUGAAAACCCACCCCCGCCACUACCAUCGUCGUCGGGAAAGCCCAUGACGGCACCCGUAGUCGUACCCGCGAAGCAAGUGCCAGUGCCGACACCAGAUGCUGCAGCGCCGCAGUACGCUGCACGGCCACCGCCCGCUCCCAAGGCUGAGCGACGCAAGCCUACGAUUAAGGCGACGAAGGCUGCCAUCACGCUAACACCAGCCGCGAUGCAACGGCUCCGCGCGUUGUUGAAGGGUCCGACACCGCAGCUCAUCCGGAUCGGCGUGAGGAAUAAGGGCUGUGCGGGCCUGUCGUACCACCUGGAAUACGUCGAGCACCCGGGCAAGUUUGACGAGGUCGUGGAGCAGGACGGCGUUAAGGUGCUCAUCGACAGCAAGGCGCUGUUCUCGAUCAUCGGCAGCGAGAUGGACUGGCAUGAGGAUCCGCUCAGUGCCAAGUUCACCUUCAAGAACCCGAACAUCAAGGACGCGUGUGGAUGCGGAGAGUCGUUCAGCGUCGGCUCGUGAUGUUUUUAUUGCGUGCUUGCUUCUAUAUCCCCCGUAUCAACUCAUCCGAC